UGCUCCCUGGCACCGUGACCUCGAACAACAACAAGCCAGGAACGGCUGUUUGCUUGGAGUCGAUUGUUUGCCUGUUUGUUUUCGCUUGCCGGCAAUCUUGCUUGCAUCGUUUACUUAUCCAUCUCUCUUACCCAUGCAUCACCUGCUGGGAUAUGACCGACAGAAGCAUGAGAUGAGAUGAGGAUGCCACGCGCCGCCCAGACAGCACCGCUCAGUCCGUCCGAAAUCAACCAACACUGACUGACUGACUGCCAGACACAUAGGCCCGCCGUCUUUCACCUCAUUUCCCUUGACUUCUCCACCCCCUCUCUUCUGCUCUUCUUCACCCUCACCUCCCCCCCUCACCUACGAUAAUACCUAUACAUACCUACCUAAUAAUCCUCGAGUCGGUCGGUCCACUGCAGCAUGCCCAUCGCCCAGCCACCCGACGUCGUCAGUAAAGGAGCGCCUAUCGCGCACCAUUCGUCACUGUCGGCCCCGCCUCUGCGGUAGCCAGCUAAUCUUAAUAAUCUUUCCACCUCCUCCGCCAUGGCGACACCCGCGACCACCACCCGAAGCAGCAGUAACAGCAUUCCGCAGUGUUGCUGCGGUAGUACCGACUGCGCUUUCCUUGCCCACAACGGGAAACUAUUGGAAGGCUUGGAACGCGACGUGAGCAAGGCCGCUCAGUUGGGUCAAGCCCUCCUCAUACGGCAUGAAACCUACGUCGCGGAUUCAGAGCGCGAGCGCAAUCAGAUGCAAAAGGCAAUCGACGACCUCGAGAAGGAGAAGCUGCAGCUGGAGGAAAAGAAUGCCCAGACCAUAAAGGCAAACCGCGAUCUACUGGACGAACUCGAGCGCCUCAACGACGCUGUCGCCGCGUCCGAUGCCCACGUUCAGGCCCUUACUCAAACCCUGCACUCGACCGAAGAAGAGCUUCAACGGUUAAGCACCCUCGCCAACAAAACAUCGCUGCUCGAGCGCCAGUUGAUCGAUCUGGAAAGGGAGCAAAGUUUGAUCCAGUCCAGCCUGGAGUCCAAGACAGCCGACGAGCGUUCGGCAUUGCAAAGAUGGAAGCGGGCAGAACAGACGAUUGUGAAUCUCCAGGACCAGAUCGACAGAAUCGAAAAGGAAGCUCGUGAAGAGGCGGAGAGGCAUUUGGAGAUUGUGGCACGAAUGGAGCGCCGUAUGGUGGUGGAUGGGGAACUGGCGACGACAGCAGGCAGGUUCAGAGCCAAACAAGGCCAGGAAAAGGGGGGGUCUAGCGUUGUCUCGCAUUUCGUCAAGGACAUUUUAAUGGACAAUGCGAAUCUGCAGCACGGGAUCGUGGAACUACGCGAGAUGCUGCUCAACUCGAAUGAGGAAGUUGAACGAUUGCGAGACCAGCUUCGAGUCCACCAACCUCUUACCACGCCGCCAGCUAUCGAGGAAGGUGUGGAAACCCCAACUCUGCAGAAAGAACUUGGGCCGGAGAGUGUGUACAAUCAAGAGUUGCACAUACACCACCACUACCACGGACAAGCACCACCGAAAAGCACUCCCAGAUCUAAGCCGCAACGGCGUUCCCGCAACAAACGAUUCAGCAUCAAUCCAACAUAUUUCCCACCCAUUCAGCCGGAUGCCGGCGCACAAGCCGCCAUCAUGUCCCAAACUGCCGUCACUGUACCGACCAACAAUCGCUGGUCCAAUGCUACUACUCUUGCUCCUUCUCUACCUGGCUCUCCUGUCUCGGUAUCACAUCGCGACUCAAUAUACGAUCGUGUAUUCAGCGAUGUGCCCUACGACUCCUCGCGCCCCACAAGCCCCUCCGACUCUAUUGACCUACAGUCUCCCAUGUUCGCACCAACCUCGGAAAUCUUCGCCCAAGGCAGUGUGUAUCACAAACGCAAAAAGUCGCAUAGCCUACGACCGCCUACCUUAUCCACGAUCCGCAGCGCAAGCACACCGCUCUCUAUAACCGCAAAAAGCAGUCCCGCAACCGCCAUCAUCUCCGCCGUCAGUCCCGCAAACUCCCUUGCAAACGAUACCCUCAACCUCUCCCCAUCCGUGGCCGCGCAACCGGCAAUCCCAGAGGAAAACGACGAAGACAGCCUGCUAGCGAGUCCGAGUCCGAAUCCAAGUCCAAAUCCCCCAGACGAAGACCCCUACGACCUCAUCUCCCCCAUGAACCUCUCCCGCCCUCAAACCCUCCGCCGUGCCGCAUCCCACGAAUCGCUAAUCUCUAUCUCGGGAAUGGACAUUCACACCUUACAAUCCCGUCCCUCGCAGCUCCUUCUCUCCUCAUCCCCACGCUUCGCAACUCCAGGCGGCGCAUCCUCCAUCCAACCCGAACUCACGCCGUGGACCGCAACCGCAACCGCAGGCAUGAGUCGCGCGGGUAUGGAUAGCAGCACGUACAACCGUUCGCUCCUAUACUCUCGUCUCGCGUCUUCGAAACGCAACGCUGGUACCGGAAAUCCGCCGAACAGCGCGGACUCGACGCCUCGGAAUCUGCGUCAACCCUCCGCUGGUCUCACAACCAAGAUUGGAGGGUGGGUCAUGGGAAAAUGGGGCGCGGCUCCUACGCCUAGCACUACAAAUACAACCUCUGCUACAAAUUCCCCUGCAAUACCUGCGGCGGUCAUUAAUGAUAAUACGACACUUACCCCCACACCUCCAUCUACAUCUACCGAUGAUAACACCACACCAGCAUCAACGGUCAGAAUCACACAAUCGAAUCUAGCCACGCCUUCGCACUCUCCAUCCCCGAGAUUGCUGUCUCCGCAUAUAUCCCUGCAACGGCCGGAGUCUUCGGCCUCGGCACAAACGACUUCUACCGCCUCGACUUCGACCUCCACUCCUUCUUCUUCCUCGCAGAAAACCCCUGCAAAUAGUAAGAAGGAAAAAGAGAAGGAGAGGAUGCGACUCCGUCCUGCGGGCGUGAAUCAAAGCGGUCCCAUUUGGGGGUUCUUCGAUAUCCCCGAGACGCCGAGCAAAAUCGUUGUGACGGAGGAAGAUGUCGAUUUGGGCGCUUUGGGGGAUGCUUUGAAAGAGUCAUCGGUAGAGCAAGGGACGUGA